AUCAGUGGACGAUACCCUAGGAGCGUUGCCCAACUGUGACAGUGACAAUUUGUGUCGUGUUUGGUUUCGGUGAACAUUCACAAUGUCUGAGCUCCGCGUCGCUGAAAUAUCUGAAGAUACUGCAGAUAACCUAAAAAAGUUCAAAUUUCGAAAAUCCCAGAACACAGUUGCCCUCAUAUUGAAAAUUGAUAAAGAAGCUUUGAAAAUCGAACCAGAACAAAUACUUGAAGAUAUUACACUUAACAAUCUCAAAGAUUCUUUACCGUACCAUCAACCAAGAUAUAUUCUUUUAAGUUACCGUUAUGAAAAGGAGGAUGGUCGAGUAGCAUUUCCAUACUGUCUAUUAUUUUCAACUCCAAUGGGUUCUGCUACUAACCUGAAGAUGAUGUAUACCACAAGUCUUACAAAUCUGAUGCAUAAAAGCGGAGUUACGAAGGUUUUUGAGCUCAGAGACCUGGAAGAACUUUCGGAUGAAUGGUUACAAGAAAACCUGGAUCGCACAACUUGAGUUAAUAAAUUGACCUUCAGAUCCAAUUUUGUUAAUUUUUUUUACAUAAAUUGAAAUCCAUGUUAUAUUUUAUUCUCUUGUAUCAUGACGCGGAAUAUAGAAAUAGAUUAGAAGUAAAAGUACACGCUGUAACAGAAACCUAUUUAUUUGGUAAGAAUAUUUCAGUUACCAAGCUUCGUUAAUUACUUCGCAAAACUUUUCUGCUCGAUGCCAAAAACUCCUUAUGACUAUCCAGUGUAUGGAAUCGAUCGUUAAGUGGUUAUCAUACAUGAUGCUUACUCCUAUACUUUCCCCCAGUCAGGUUUCAUAAGUAGUAGUCCCAAAAGCUCUCCGUAAUUUGUUACUUAGAAUUUAAAAUAUCCAAAAGAGAGAUUUAAAGUCUUCCUCAAUUAGUAUUUAGUUCAUUUCAUUCUGAAAUAUAUACAUUUCUGUGUAACAUUUUGACGUAAUGUUAUCAUCCAACUAGUGAGUUUUGCUUGCUUAAAACAAGACUUUCG